AGAUCACGGCAUAUGAGUAAAAGAAAUCACAAGAGACGUAAAAAGCAAAACAAUCACCGAAAUCCCGGCAUAGCUCAUCAAUCAGUCAAUACCAUGUAAAUAGAAUGAUUCAAAUAAUGCGCACAGUAUGCGUUACUGUAAUAAUGUAUUCUCACUUUUCUCUGAAUAGUCGUCAUACGUACAAAAGGUCAUUCGAACUUGGCGAUAAGUCCAAAAUGCCACUGGUACUGUUUGGUGACGGGUUAACCAAUAGAUCGCAAGUUCGCUUUAAAGGUUUGCAAGCCGGUGUUUCAAGGAAAAUAUACAAGCAUUUGAAAACUAAAGAGAAACAAGGGCUAGUGUCAGUAUUAGAUAUUGAUGAAUUUCGUACAUCAAAGGUAUGUAAUCAAUUGCAUAUGAUCAUAAACAUAGCUCAAAACCUCUGAUUUACAUCAAUCUGUGUAUAGAUCUGUAAUUCGUGUAAAUCGUCGGAUGUAAGAAAGUAUAGUUCUCG